AUGAACUCCGCCUUUAGUCAUGCAAUCCGCGGGUCAUUUCGCAUGAUCACCGUGUUUAUCUCAUGCAGCAUCAGAGCGGUACAGAGAACGUCGGUGAAUGUUUCCAUGGUAACGGGUCAGUCUCCUCGACAAGCGCGUCACUCUACAGCAUUAGCGCCAUGCAUGGAGACUGAUAUGUUAAGUACUCUGUUAUAUCUCUCGCUCUCAUUCUUCCUUCUCUUUCCUCAACGGCCAGGUGCGUCUCUGCCUCGCGAGGAAGUGACAGGUGUGCACGAGCAGCUCAAGGUUGCCCGUCGAUCCUCCUUUCUGAGCGAGCGGGUGUUCGGGCAGGUCCUCGGACACGGUUUGCGCUGCACAAUCGUACCACGCAGUUCAGCCUCCGCGCGGGAUGUCACCACCUCGUUUUCAAGUGGACAGAUGGGAGCCGCACUUGGCAGGCACACUCGACGUAUCAAGCUGGCCAUAGAGUGUGCUUCAUGACACGUCAAGAAAGUUCUCACGUGGUUCUCCCGGGGAUGUACGUCAUCGAAUGAAUCUCGAGUGGUGACCAAGAUGCUGUACUUGCGCGACAUACAUUACUUCGGGCUUUGUGUGGUUAGCGAGGUUAAGUGUCUUAGUACGUAUUAUCUUUAACGUACAGUAUAUCUCUGUGUCUGAUACAAAAGUCAGGAGAAUAUAUUCAGACACAGGAUACAGAUGUUCAGAUGCAGAAUAAUGAAGAUAUUUAGAUCCAGAAUUCUAAAGAUAUUCAGAUACAGAAUACGAAGCGGGAUCGUAUGCAAAAAUACAGAUUAAGAUAAAUGAUAUACAUCUCAGAUAUGGAUAAGGAUAUUCAGACACAAAAUACAAAAGAUUUUCGAGUGGAGACUACUAAGGAAGAUUUUAAAAGGUGGAAGUACAGGUAAAAAAAGAUAAAACGUUCAAAAUUCUUUAAAAAAUAAAUGUCUCAACGCGAGAAUAUAAGCUUCACACCAGAGCAUGACGCAUGGUUCUCCACCGCGAACGAUGUUAUGGUCAUGGCUAGAAGGGACGCGGAAAACGAUUCUCGACGCUGUGGAAACGUUCCGUAGCUUUUCUAAUACUGCAUGUAACUAAAGAUGACGGAAGGCUAAGCACAGCAGUAUCAGGUUUUACGAAGUGUUAUUGCUGAUCAUAUAUACAUUUUUUUAGCGUAAUGAAGAUUGGUCCCUUUAAGAAAAAAAAAUCUUACUGCCAUUGGAAUACCGGUAAAUACUGUAAUUGCCAACGAUUACUGUUUCUCCUCCAUCAUCAUCUCCCCCAUUACCAUUGCCAUUAUAUCGAUUACUUUAUAAAGGGUUGCAUGCAGAGAGUAAGCUUGAAAUCUUGUACUGAAAAGUGAUCUUAUCAAAACCAUGUAUUCUUUAUCACUAGUGCAUCAUUAUCUUGCUGCAUGACCAAUGUCCGCGUUCUUCAUGUUACAUGCAAAGUUUUUUUUGAUAAGAGUGAAUGAUAUAUGACAACACGCAUUCCUAUAACUCUGCAUGCAAGUGUGUUUAUGUCCACAUGCCAAAGUUUUUGUCGGGUUCUUAAUAGAGGUUCUUGUCUUUUGAAUAGCAAGCUGCUUACUGUGAUGUCAAUUCUCUUUAACAAGGCGUCAAAACAGAAAGCAUAUAUCAAAUUUAGAAUCUUUUACUUUCCGAUUUAUCAAAUGGAAGUUAUUCAUUUAUCACCUUCUGCAACA